UAGUUGCUUACGUGAAUGACGUUAAAUGUGAAGAUGCAGAAUGUUGAAGAACAGCCAACCUCAAAUAAGCAGCAGGAUAAUAGACAAAAUCAAGAAACAAUUGUGUCAAGAGUUCCUUUUGUACCUGAAAAAUUUUCAUCUGCUCAUACAUCACAGUUAGAUUACAAUUUGAGUUCUAUAAAUCAAGAUCCUUGUAUAAUAGUUACAACAUCGCUUAAUCUACCACCUUAUUUUAUGAAUUCAAAUUCUGUAAAAUCUGAAAUCAAGACAUUUAAUGAUUUGCAGCCUCGUUUCAUGACAGAUUCAUCGGAUAGUGAUGAAGAGAGUGUUUCAGAGGUGGAGUGUUUUGCUAUUGAUCAAACAGAUUUUGAUCAGGGAAAACAAAUAGAAAAUACGAAAUUUCUAUUGGCAUCUGAUAAUUGUGAACAUUCUGUUGAUCCAGAGACUCAAGCACGUUUAGAAGCUCUUCUUGAAGCUGCAGGAAUAGGAAAAUUAUCCUCUACUGAUGGAAAUCAUCUUCCAGAUCAUGAAGUACUUAGACGCUUAACUUCAAGUGUAUCCUGUGCUAUUGAUGAGGCAGCUGCAGCAUUGACACGUAUGCGUACUGAUAACACAUCUCGAAACCAGAAUGAAAAACGAUCAUUAAUUGAAGCUUGUUCUGACGGUGACGUUGGAACUGUUAAAAAACUUUUAACAGAAGGGCGGAGCGUACACGAAACUACUGAAGAGGGAGAAAGUCUUUUAUCGCUUGCGUGUUCUGCUGGUUAUUACGAACUAGCUCAGGUGUUAAUAGCAAUGAAUGCAAAUAUAGAAGACAGAGGAAUCAAAGGAGAUUGCACUCCUUUGAUGGAAGCAGCUAGUGCUGGGCAUGUAGAUAUUGUCAGUCUUCUUAUAGCGCACGGAGCUGAUGUUAAUGCACAUUCUACUUCAGGAAAUACGCCUCUAAUGUAUGCAUGUGCUGGUGGUCACGAAGAAGUUGUUCGAGUACUUUUAGAAGCAGGAGCUAAUGUGGAAGAUCAUAAUGAUAAUGGCCAUACACCUUUAAUGGAAGCUGCUAGUGCUGGUCACGUAUCAGUUGCAAAAAUUUUAUUAGAACACGGUGCCGGCAUUAAUACUCAUUCUAACGAAUUCAAAGAAUCUGCACUAACUUUAGCAUGUUAUAAAGGACAUUUGGAGAUGGUUAAGUUUUUAUUAGAAGCUGGAGCUGAUCGAGAACAUAAAACUGAUGAAAUGCAUACUGCUCUUAUGGAAGCUUCUAUGGAUGGACAUGUGGAAGUAGCUCGUUUAUUAUUAGAUUCUGGAGCUCAGGUUAAUAUGCCAACAGAUAGUUUUGAAUCCCCAUUAACAUUAGCUGCUUGUGGUGGUCAUGUUGAUCUCGCUAUGCUUCUUAUUGAAAGAGGAGCAAACAUUGAAGAAGUUAACGAUGAAGGUUAUACUCCUUUGAUGGAGGCAGCCAGGGAAGGUCACGAAGAAAUGAUUGCUUUACUGUUGAGCCAAGGCGCAAAUAUUAAUGCACAGACAGAGGAGACACAAGAAACCGCACUAACAUUAGCUUGCUGCGGAGGGUUUCUGGAUGUUACUGAUUUUCUUAUCAAAGCAGGUGCUGAUAUAGAAUUAGGUGCUUCAACUCCUCUAAUGGAAGCUGCACAGGAAGGUCAUUUAGAUCUUGUUCGUUAUUUACUAGAAACACGUGCAAAUGUUCAUGCACAGACUCAAACAGGUGAUACAGCAUUAACAUACGCUUGUGAAAAUGGACAUACAGAUGUAGCUGAUUUGUUGUUACAAUUUGGAGCUUAUUUAGAACACGAAUCCGAAGGAGGAAGAACACCCUUAAUGAAAGCUUGUAGAGCUGGCCACCUUUGUACAGUUCAAUUUCUUAUAUCAAAACAUGCUGAUGUUAAUCGACAAACGACCAAUAACGACCAUACUCCACUUUCAUUGGCUUGUGCUGGAGGACAUCUUUCCGUAGUAGAACUUCUACUAGCACAAUCUGCAGAUCCAUUCCAUAAACUCAAGGAUAACUCUACAAUGUUGAUCGAGGCAGCAAAAGGAGGCCAUACAAGUGUUGUUCAACUUUUACUUGAUUAUCCUCAUAGUAUUAUGAUGAAUCCUCCUCAUAAUACAACAGCAUCAAUAUUUUUAACUCAGCUACAAACUACACAGCAAACAACUCAAGUAUCAACUCACCAUUCACAGCAGCAUAAUACGCAACAUCAACAAAAUUUGGAAGUUAAUCACAGUCAAGUAAUGCCUUCUAAGCAUAACAGUCAAAAAUCGCUCUUGAGAAAAAACAGAUCAGUGACAAAUGUAUCAGAUGUUACACUCACGUCAGCAGAAGCACAGCAAGUUCGUAGUCAGCCACCUCGAAGCUCAAUUAUGAAUGCGAUUGAAGAUACUAACAUUCUUGAUAAAAACCGUGGAAAUUUUUCUAGCCUUUCAGAACCUAACAUAAGUAUGAAUUCUUCGUCUGUGUCAAGUGUUCCAAUGAAUAAUGACUGUCGAAAAAGUACUAGACAUGAGCAAAUUCUGCAUAAACAACAAAUAUUGGAAGAAUUGCAGAGAGUUGAGCGAGAGCUACAAAUUAAAGGUGCUGGUCAUUUAUUCUUAGGAUCAUCUGGAAUGAAUGUUGAUUCUGUCGAUUCGCUUAUAGAUCAAUCAGAACAAAAUACUGCUUUAUCCGAUGUGACUAAUGUUGUAAAUAUUGAUCAGACAUCACAAUCAGCUGUAUCUGCAAAUGGUUUAUCUACGAAUAAUUCAAAUGAUAUACCAAACGAUUUGAUGAAUUAUCAAGGAAAUAAUAGUAUUCGUUCUGCAUUGUCUUUAUACGAAGGUUUUCAGGCUAAUCGACUUUAUCUAGAAGGUUUUAGAGAAGGCAUAAAACUUGAAAAGCGACGUAUAUUAAAAGAGGUGCGAUGUUUACAAGAAACACAAUUACCACUGCCAUUAUCAUCAUCUGUGAUUGAAAAAUUUUCUAUUGCAAGUAAUUUUUCGAGUAAUUCUUCAGUUUCUGUUAUAACUGUCCCUGCCCCUACUGCUGCAGUAUCAAAUACUAUUUGUAGUUCUACAAAUACAGCUGUUAAUUUAACAUGUUCAAAUGCUUCGUCAUCAAUUGGUGAAAUUGCUGGUACAAUACCUUCACAACCAACCAUAACAAGUAGCGAUGUUAGUCAAAAUACAGCAAUAAGUGAUCGCCCUAAAGUUAAAGCAGUUUCUAAAAAAGAUAAUAAAAAUGUUCGUAAAACAGUUCAUGGAAUGGUAAUAAAUAAACUUCAACAGCAGCAUAUGGCUUUAGUAGCAGGGCUUUCUUCUUCCGAUUUUAAAAAAUUUUUAGAAAAAACACGUCCCCAUUGUAUUCAACAAGUUCACCAAUUGCAGCAACUUAAUCAGCAAUUACAACUACAACUUGAUCAAGCACAACAAACGUCGAAACCAACUAUAGAUCAAGUUGAUUCAGAUUUCACUAGAAUUCACCGAGAAGGAGCAUGUCCAUUUUUUUCUACAGCACAACGAACUAAAAUAUCAAAUGAUGAAGAAAUUCUUAAAUUAGAAGAUGGUACACAAAUUCCCAUUGAUGAAGCAGUUAAUAUUUUUGAAUCAAUUAGUUUUGACGAUAUCAAUAAUGAUGACACAGAAAAACUUGAAACAAAAAAAAUUGAAGCUUUCGUAAAUAAGGAGCAAUUCCCUCAACAAGUUCAUCAAGUAAUUUCUACAAUUAGCAAUUACACUGAACCUGUUCGAGAGUAUUUUGCUGUACCAGUAUCUUCUACGUCAUCGUUAUCAAGUCUUACACCAGUACAGCAAACAAUAGUUUGUUCUGAAAAUCAAACAGAGAUGCCGCUAACUUUACAAUCCACACCAUCACAACCAUUACAGAAGCAAAUGUUGAAUGCUUUUGAAGCUAGCUUAAGCUUAGGUAUUCAAAGAAGAAUAAAUGAUGAUAAUUUUCAAGCUCAAUUACUUUUACAAUCGAAUCAAAUGGGAUUUACAGGCCAGUCAAUAUCACCUGCAUGUUCUGCAGAUACAAUAGAAAUGAUACAGACAUCAGAAAACGACGAUGCUCAAUUAUCUUUAUGUAAUACGAAUCAGGUUCAAGUUGCUACGCAAACACAGUCACCUGUACCUAUUAAUAAUGCUAUUUUAUCAUCAGAGAAGAAACCGAUUUGCACUACAUCAUCUAACAUUAAGGGUAAAAAAACGAGAUAUUUGCUUGCACAACAACAAUCUUUGCUACAAUCUCCAAAUCAAAAUUCUCAACAAACAGUCUCAAAUUUUUCAAGUCAAAAUUACCAAGUAGAUCCUGCGUCAAUUUCAAAUCAAUAUACUACUGGAAAUGCAAAUGGGACUUAUUCAUCAAAUCAAGCAGUGCCAGCUACAUUUUCUUGCAUGGAUGUUGAUUCGGAAACUGAUAGUAAUCAUGAUACAGCAUUAACUCUUGCUUGUGCUGGUGGACAUGAAGAACUUGUUGAACUUCUAUUGAGUAGAGGAGCAGAUAUUGAACAUCGUGACAAAAAAGGAUUCACUCCUUUAAUAUUAGCAGCUACAGCUGGUCAUCAAAAAGUUGUAGAAAUUCUUUUAAAUCAUGGUGCUGAUAUAGAAGCCCAAUCUGAACGAACAAAAGAUACACCGCUAUCUCUUGCUUGCAGUGGUGGUAGAUACGAAGUCGUUGAACUUUUACUAAAUCGAGGAUCAAAUAAGGAACAUCGAAAUGUUUCUGAUUACACGCCUCUUAGUCUUGCUGCUAGUGGUGGGUAUGUUAAUAUAAUAAAACUAUUGCUUGGUCAUGGUGCAGAAAUCAAUUCAAGAACUGGAUCUAAACUCGGAAUAUCACCACUUAUGCUAGCAGCAAUGAAUGGACACACCGCUGCAGUUAAAUUACUUUUAGAUAUGGGAAGUGAUAUCAAUGCUCAAAUCGAAACUAACAGAAACACAGCAUUAACACUAGCUUGCUUUCAAGGACGACAUGAAGUUGUGAGUCUUCUCUUAGAUCGUAAAGCUAAUGUUGAACAUCGAGCAAAGACGGGACUAACACCAUUAAUGGAAGCUGCUAGUGGUGGAUAUGUUGAAGUAGGAAGAGUACUUUUAAAUAAAGGAGCUGACGUAAACGCUACACCUGUUCCUUCAUCCAGAGAUACAGCCUUAACAAUUGCUGCUGAUAAAGGCCAUUGCAGAUUUGUUGAACUUUUAUUGUCUAAAGGAACUCAAGUAGAAGUAAAAAAUAAGAAAGGUAAUAGCCCACUUUGGUUGGCAGCAAAUGGAGGACAUCUAAAUGUUGUAGAUUUACUUUAUCACGCUGGCGCAGAUAUUGAUUCACAAGAUAAUCGAAAGGUUUCUUGCCUAAUGGCAGCUUUUCGUAAAGGCCAUAUUAAAGUUGUGAAAUGGAUGGUUAAUCAUGUAACACAAUUUCCAAGUGACCAAGAAAUGACAAGGUAUAUUGCGACAGUUAGCGAUAAGGAAUUACUAGAAAGGUGUCAAGAAUGUGUUAAGAUUAUUAGAGCUGCUAAAGAAACCCAAGCAGCGAAAGCAAAUAAGAAUGCUACUAUACUGUUAGAAGAAUUAGAUAUGGAAAAAACAAGAGAAGAGACGAAAAAAGCUGCUGCUGCAAGAAGGCGUGAACGAAAAAAGAAAAAGAAAUUAGAAAAAAAAGAAGAAAAACGUAAAUUGUACGAGGAAAAUAAAAAAAAUGAAGCUAUUUAUGAUGAUAAAGAAGUUAUUGAAAAUAAAAUAGAAGAGGAAAACUUUAAGGAAGAUAGUGAUCGAGAUGAUAACAAUGCCAAUGAACGACACGAUGAACAUUUUAGUAGGCAUAAUAGAAAUAUAGAAGAAGUAGAUAAAGAAGAAGGUGAUAGUGGAAUAGAUGCAAAUAGUCAAGGAAGUUACUGUAGUAAUGAUACAAAAUCAAGAGAAAAAAAGAAAGAAAAGAAAAAGAAAAAAAUAGUUUGUAAUAGCUUUAGUUCUCCAUCCAAUAAUGUUAAAGAUCCUUUUAAUUUAACAUCAAAAUCUACACAUAUGAGUCCAAACAUAAAUCAAGGAUGCCUUACUGCUUCUAAAUCACAAGAAGUUGAAAAACAUCCAGCUGAUAGAGAUGAUUUUGAAGCUACUGGGAACGAAACGUAUUCUGCUAUUAAAGGAAAAAAACAUGGCAAUAAUUUAUUUGAUGUAGAUGGAAGUGCUUCAAGUACUAUCAAAUUAAUUAACAAUUCUAGUCCCAAACUCUGUGGAAAACGUGAUGAAGGCUGGAAAGAAGUUGUGCGAAAAGGUCAAACAGAUGAUUCAGGGAGAUUUAUGAACUCACCAUUUCGAUCAAAAAAAGUUUCUGUACCCCCAAAUGCUAUUAGCAGAGUUAUUGGCAGAGGAGGAAGUAAUAUUAAUACAAUUCGUGCUGCAACUGGUGCUCAUAUUGAGGUUGAAAAACAAAGCAAGUCCCAAGGAGAAAGAAUUAUUACAAUAAAAGGAUCAAUGGAAGCGACAAAGCAAGCUCAUAUCUUAAUUGUAGCGCUAAUUAAAGAUCCUGAGGUAGAUAUUUUGCAGAUGUUACCAAAAUCUAAAAUGGCUUCCAUUACAGCAACAUCGUGGGAUAAAUCAAUUUCUUCUGGGAUUGCCUGUAAACUGAAAGUUGCACCAGCUAAACUUCCUCUUGGUAUUGUUAGUAGUGGAUCAAAUUUACAAAUUAACAAACCAAAUUAUAUUUCAAAUCUCUCGAGUACUACACAUAUAUUACCUCUUCGAUCAUCUUCUAAUGUUAAGCUUGUUGGAAAUUCACUACCUAGAGCUACUGCACCUCGGCUUAUUUCUAACACAGAGAAAAGGCUUAUAUCCCAAGCUAUUACUUCAUCAAAUACAAAAACUACAAUGUCUUAUACAAGUGCUAUUAUGACUGCUGGUCGUUCAACAAAAAUUGUAACAACAAACACUUCACAAACAUUUGCUGCUAAACUUUCAGAAAUGUAUACCUCACCACAAAUAAAUAAUACUCCUGCUGGUAUUAUGCAGUGCAACCAAACUUCGACGAAUUUUAUAAGCAUAUUAAAACAAACUUCAUCUCCUACUAUUGCUACUGUUUAUUCUACAAAUCCUACGACUCAAGUAUCUCCUCAGCAAUCUAUUACAAAUAAUUCAUCAAAUAUUUGUCCAAUGGUAUCAAUGAUUUCUACUUCUCUGGCAGCCUCGCCUAGUUAUCCUGGAAAAUUGAUCUAUCAAAAUAAUUCUAGUUUUACAUCAAAAAGUUCUAAUUUGGUAGCUAAUACUACUUCGUCAAUAGUAACUUCAACAAGUGGUAUUAAUACAACAAAUUCAGUACCAAUUUUAUCUCAGCCAAUAAUUUUACAGCAGUUUCGCAGUUCCACUCCAAUAUCAACAGUAGUUUCAGAUCAAUAUCAAAACUUAUCGAAUAACAUACCAUUAGAAUACUCUCUUUUUAAUGACACAUUUAGUAAAGUUACACGACAGUCAAUGUGGGGUAAUAAAGAAAAUGAAACUCAAAAAAAUAUUAAUUUUGCAACAAUAGCUGGAGCUAGAAUUUCAGUAAAUCCUUCAGCUGUAUCUUCAAAUAAUUUUAUACAUACCAGUCCAGUAGAGGUUGACGCAUCUAAGGCUCCAGGUUACCGCGGAACUUCAAUGAGUUCUCCAACAUCAAAUAAGCCUUGUUCGGCAAUAAACCUGUGUAAUAACAAAGCAAGUACUGUUUCUUCAAAUAAUUCUAGCCCUAUUCAACCUUUAAAUAUUCAAUCUUCAAUAAGUUACACUAGUGGACAUUCAAUUAUUAAAUCGCCUGUAAGUUUAAUAGUAGCAAGACCUCUGUUAACUCAAAAAAAUGUAGACAUGAAUGUAACUAGUAUAGCACCUUUUACGGGACCAGUAUUUCAUGGAAAUGUAGAUACUUCACAAAAUAUAGUCAAUAAUCAUAAAACGUGCAAUAUUUCAUCAAUAUCGCAGGCUAAUGUGGAUGUAAAUAUGUUUAAUGAAAAUAAUCCCGGUUAUGAAAAUCAAAAUGUGAAUUCAAAUUUACUGAAAAUUGUAUCUCACGAUCCACAGGCGAGUACACAAUCUAUUCUUCCAAUCCAUCAGCAUAUACAAAAUUAUCCUCAGACUGUAACCCCUUCAGCCACUGUUACUACAACAAUAAGUAUGUCCCGAUUGAAUCCUCGAGCACCAGACUUUUCAAGCUCGCUACAUUUAAAUAAUAAACCACAAGUUACUAUGUUUAGUACAGCUACACCAAUACAUUCAAAUAUUUAUUCAACUAUACCAGCACAGCCAACACCAGCAGGUAUUCAAACGAGCAGUCUUGCACUACAUAGUAGUUUUCCCUUUAAUAAAUAUCAAGCAUCAUCUCAAAGGCAAACUAAUCUUAAUAUUCCAACAAGUGGUCAAAAUCGUUGGCCAUUUGUACCUGCAGGAAACUAUUCGCAUCAAGAUUCAAUAAUCGGACACGUAACUUUUUCUGAUCAUCUUACCGGUUUAGGUGCCCAAGCUGGAAGCAUGGAUAUUAUUAAUCUCGAAAAUGGUAGUUCAAUAUCUCCUGAAAUAUCACCUUCUUCAACGGGACAAGUUAUUUCUCAAGAAGUACAAGUUGAGGAUCGUAAAGUUCCACGUCCAAUAGGUACAGAGAGAACAUGGAAAAAUUAUUCAACAAUUAUAGGUCCCGGAGGUGAUGCUGAUAACAUGAAUUGGUUAAUUAACAAUGAAAAGCACGUUAAUUCAUGGUCUGGAAUAUCACCUAGUAUUGACAGAAGCCAAUUAUAUUGUUCAAAUACAACAUUUAAUCGAAUUUCUUCAACUGAUACUGACUUACAUCAAAUAAUGGAAACUUCGUAUCAGGGAAGCCGUUUUGGAAAUUAAACAAAUUGUUUAUACAUAAUACAUCUAGUAACGAAUAAUUCAAUUUGUCAAAGCAUACAACAUAAAUGCAAAGCAUUUUAGAGUUAAUUGUGCAAGAUUUAUGCAAUUUUUUUCAUUGAAAUGAUGGGCAAGUAAUACCUUUAUUCACACAAAGCUGUGUAGCGCAAAAUUAUCAAAAUGCAACGGCACAAGUUAGCACUGAAAAAUUGUUUUCGGUUAAAUGAAAAAUAAUAACAUCCGACUGAUUCAACUUAACAACAAAGCAUAUAGGAGAAAGUAACUUCUUAUACCAAAACUUUAAGAUGUCACCUAUAUCUGAUAAACGAAAAUGUUAUUUUUUGUUAACUAAGUUAUUUUAUUGUAAUAAAACAUAACCAACAAA